GAGGCACAGUGUCACAGGAGCCCCAGUUUGGGCCGGCCAGGGCAGGAGGAAGGGAAAUCCUGAGGAAGACGCAACCUUGGCUUUGGCAGACGAGACUUGCAACCAACAUUUUUCAACUAGAUAUUCCUCUGUAUUUUUGUCUCGCCGCCGAAGGGAGCGAUAAUUGGUCAUUCAGCCCAUGGCAGCAGCCCAAAGCCCAGCAUAUGGUAUGGUGUGCGAGAAUGGUGCAGUGAUGCGCAAGAUGAGGCUGUUAUCAGCUGUGAGGAAUUAAUGGCACCGGGAUUAGCAGUGGGUUAACAGCUGCUUUCAUUGCUGCUUGCAAUCGGCUGUCAAACCUGUGGAGGUGAAAUCCUAGAGGAUAAUUGGGUGCUGAGUGUGGGCAGACCAAGGGAGGCCUUUCCUUUGGUGAAUAUUUUCAACAAAUUUCUAUGAUUAUGGUAAGAUAAUGGACACCCAAGGCAGUGUAAGCAGACUCACAGCCGAGCAACAAAUUAAUGGCACCAGUAGCAGGUCACCAGGAGAUGGGUCCAGCACACCCAGGUCACCCAGGGUAAAUAAGGGUGGAAAAACUGUAAAGGAUAAGCGUUCAGAUUCGGAUUUUAUUUUUGGAAAACUCAUUGGUGAAGGAAGCUUUUCCAGUGUUUACCUUGCAAAAGACAUACAUACAAACCAAGAAUAUGCAGUUAAGGUCUGUGAGAAGGAGUUAAUUAUUCGAGAGAAAAAAGUCCAGCAAGUGACGAGAGAAAAAGAUGUAAUGAACAUCCUCAACAGCAACCAGAAUCCAAAAGCUCCAUUCUUUGUUAAGUUGUCAUAUGCCUUUCAAGGGGAUUAUAAGCUUUAUUUUGUGAUGACAUACUGUAAAAAUGGUGAACUUCUUAAUUUAAUCCAAAGGGUAGGCAAUUUUGAUAGAGAGUGUGCAAGGUUCUACACUGCAGAAAUAAUCAGAGCAUUAGAACAUCUUCAUUCAUUAAAUAUUAUUCAUAGAGAUUUAAAACCAGAAAAUAUUUUGCUAGAUGAAAGAAUGCACAUAAAGAUAACAGACUUUGGCUCUGCUAAGAUUAUUUCCAAAGAAGAAAUAGAAGGAUUAGAUGAUGGCAAGGCCCGCAAAAACAGUUUUGUUGGAACUGCCCAGUAUGUAUCGCCAGAAUUACUAGAAUCCAAGAAAGUGGGGCCAGCAUCUGACCUCUGGGCUUUAGGCUGUAUAUUGUACCAGAUGGUUUCGGGGCUUCCACCUUUUAGGUCCAGGAGCGAAUAUUUCAUAUUCCAAAAGAUUUUGAAGUUGGAGUAUGAAUUCCCAGAUGGUUUCUGUGAAGAAGCAAAGGACUUAGUACAGAAACUUUUGGUUUUAGAAAGUGAUGAUAGAUUGGGUGCACGUGACCGAAAUGGCUAUCCAAGUAUAAGAACCCAUCCUCUCUUUGCUGGCUUGGAUUUUGACACUUUACAUGAAUUGACACCCCCAGAAAUUGUCCCAUUCAUGCCACAUGGAAAUAAUGAGAUUAAUUGGGAGCAUAAAAAUCAACCAGGAUUGGAGACAAUUGAACUGCAGUUGAUGCUUGGCUUAGAUAUAAGUAAUGAUGAUAAUAACAAAACUGUUGAAAAUAAAAAGACUGAAUCAGAAGCUGUCAAGAAAGUUGGAAAGAAAAAUAUGGCCGAUAUUAGUGAUGAAGAAUAUAUUUUAAGGCUGGCUGCACAGGAGAAAGAAAACAAGUGGCACAGAUUUGUUGAAGGGAAUCUGAUCCUGAAGCAAGGACUUAUGGAUAAACGCAAG